CAGAGCUCGGUGCUCUUGAUACGUCCGUGGUUGCUGCCGAGCGGGGAUUCAGAAAAGUAAGUGUGUGGAGGUCAGUGCUGGAGCGGACGCUGCCUGGUGGCCAUGGCCGACCCUGACCCGCUGGUGUCUGCUCCGCCUGCUCGGGACGGCGCGCCGCUGCUGGAGGCCCAGUCAGCCGCCGGCACCACCAACCGGCUCGGCACGCUGCUCGGCGUCCUCGUGCCCGUGGUGCUCUCGCAGUUCUCGUCGCUGCUCUUCUUGCGUGUCGGCUACAUUGUGGGCCAGGCGGGCCUGGUGCUGGCCGUGCUGCAGCUGGUGCUGGCCUACGCCCUGCUGCUGGUCACCGUGCUGUCCCUGUGCGCGCUCUGCACCAACGGAGCCAUCGCCGGCGGAGGCUCCUACUACAUGAUCAGCCGUACGCUGGGCCCCGAGUUCGGCGGCAGCGUCGGCGUGCUGUUCCUGUUUGCCAACAUCUUCAGCAGCGCGCUGUACAUCUCCGGCUGCGUGGAAGGCCUGGUCAACAACCUCGGCGUCGGAGGUGAAUGGGACGCCGGCAUGCCAGACGGCGCCUGGUGGCGCUUCUUGUACGGCUUCUGCAUCAACCUGGUCAACUUCCUGGUGUGCGCCGUGGGCCCGGGCCUCUACACGCGAGCCGUGCUGCUCAUUGUGCUGCUGGUGCUGGUCUGCCUCGGCUCGGUCAUCGCCAGCUUCGGCCGCUCGGCCAUGCAGGUGCUGCUGCCCGAGGCCAACCAGCUGCAUCCUAACAUCACGCACGCCAUGUUCACUGGCUUCAACUGGAGCACGCUGGAGUCGAACCUGUGGCCGUCCUACGAGCCGGACUACACGGACGCCGGCCAGCACGCCGUGCCCGACUUCUUCACCGUGUUCGCCGUGCUCUUCUCCGGCGUGACCGGCAUCAUGGCUGGAGCCAACAUGUCGGGCGAGCUGGCCAACCCGGGCCGCAGCAUCCCCUGGGGCACGCUGCCGGCCCAGGCCAUAUCGUUCUGCACGUAUCUGCUGUUAUUCGUGCUCACGGCGGCCACCUGCUCUCACUUCCUGCUGGCCAACAACUUCAUCUACAUGAUGGGCAUCAACUACUGGUCCGGCUUCGUCUUUAUCGGCAUCAUCCUGGCGACCGUGUCGGCAAGCCUCAGCAAUCUGAUGGGAGCCAGUCGCGUGCUGGACGCCCUCGUCAAGGACCGCCUUUGGGGUGACCUGCAGAGGCUGGUGGUGGCUACCACGUGGCGCGCUAACCCGCUGGGCGCGCUCACCGUUUGCUUUGUGGGCGUGCAGCUGGUGCUGCUGGUGGGCUCGCUCAACCAGAUCGCCCGCUUCACGUCCAUAUUCUUCCUGCUGUCCUACUUUUCCGUACACCUGGCCACACUAGGACUGGAGUGGGCUUCUGCGCCCAACUUCCGGCCCGAGUUCGCCUACUUCACGUGGCACACGUGCCUGUUCGGCAUGGCGGGUACCCUGGCGCUGGCGCUGCUGGUGAGCUGGUGGUGCCUGCUCGUCUCCGUGGCCGUGCUGGUGGUGCUCGUGGCGCUCGUCCACAACUUCUCGCCGGCCACAGAAAACAACUGGGGGUCGCUGUCGCAGGCGCUCAUAUUCCACCAGGUGCGCAAGUAUUUGCUGCUGUUGGACCCGCGAAAGGCACACGUCAAGUUCUGGCGGCCGCAGAUGCUGCUGCUGGUGGCCAAUCCGCGCUCAGCCUGUCCGCUCAUCCAGUUCGUCAACGACAUGAAAAAGUCGGGGCUCUUUGUGAUCGCGCACGUGAAGGUGGGCGAUCUGGACGGCCGGCCGGCCGACCCAUGCGCCGCCGAAACCCUGCUCUGGAUGAAACUGGUCGACUAUCUGAAGGUGAAGGCCUUCACGGAGCUAACGCUGGCCUCGUCGGUCCGCGACGGCAUGCAGCACCUGGUGCGCAUCUCCGGAAUGGGAGGCAUGAAGCCCAACACGGUCAUACUCGGCUUCAGAGACGCCCACAGCCACAUCGACUUCCUCAGCAAUAGCCGGGAGCUGGACGUGCUGCGCAUGUCGGACCUCCAGUCAGCCGCCGACUCGGCGUUCCACCCGGACCGACUGCGCACUGGCGCCGACCAGGACGGGCAGCUGUCCGCCGACGAGUACGUCCAGAUGGUCCGGGACCUCAUCAAGAUGGACAAAAACGUCUGCCUCUGUCGCAACUUCCACAACUUCAACAAGAAGGAGCUGGCGGCCCGGCUGAAACGGCGGGAGCCGGUGCACAUCGACGCCUGGCCCGUCAACUUCUUCGACACAGAGGCGCCGUGCACCAGCGACGACGUGACGUCACAGUUCCUGCUGCAACUCUCCACUGUCCUCCUCAUGGUCAGUGUAUGUGCGUGCGCGUGCGCGUGUACGGCUCUCCAGUAAAACAGUGGUUGGUUUUGCUUUUUAACCCUCGCCCGUAUAGGGGGGGGGGGUCGAAUGGACCCCCCCAUGGUUUUUCGCAAAUAACUCGCGUAAAAAGCGGCCGAUCGCGACGAAACUUUCAGUACCCUCGCGUUCAUCAAUUUUACACCAACCCUGAAAAUUUCAUGACCCUGACCCGAAUGAUCUUUGACCUGUGACCUACUUUUCGAGACCAUGUUUGGCCGGAAUCGCGAUUCGGCGUAUGUCGGCUCGCAUUAGCCGCGCGUUUGCAGUCUUUUCGUGGUUUCAAGCGUUCAAACAUGUGAUAUGAUGUUGCCCCCAUGCAUAAGGGUGGGUGUCAAGGUCACCUGAAGGUCAGGUCAGGUCAUUGACCUUUGAUGACCUCGGUUCACUUUUUCGAGUUUUACAUGUUACUAGACCAGUUUUUGGAGCUGAAUUCGAAUUUAGCAACCAUACUAGAGGUACAGGUUUACGCGAUAACUGUAUGUUUUGAUUUAUAUUAUGUUACGGGUGCAUUAGUUUGGGUGACUGACUUGUAUUUUUAGCUGUAUUAUUUGGGUGGAUUUGGGUAGCUGUUUUUAAUUGAACUGUAAGGGAUGGUGAAAGUUGCGGGGUGUUCCAGUGUUUUGUAUGUUGGGCCCUUUUUGAACUCAACCCU